AUGGCCGGAGCCCUCAGCGGCGAGGAGGAGGCGCCGGUCCCGGCCGCGAUCUCGCACCCGGGGCGGCUCCUGGGGCAGAACCGGCAGUUCCUGGACUUCUUCUGGGACAUCGCCAAGCCCGACCAGGAGAUCCGCUUGCGGGCCACGGAGGAGCUGCUGCGCUACUUGCGCGAGAACCAGGAAAAUGAAGAUUUGUUGAAAUACACGCUGAAGCGCCUGAUUGAUGGAUUGGGAGCAACUCGAGAGGCCGCCCGUCCAGGAUUCACCCUGGCAUUGGCUCAGGUAUUGCAAGGUUUUGAGACCAUUCCCCUCUUCACAGUCCUGGAACAGUUCACGGAAAAAUAUGACUUAGCCAGAGUAAAAAAGAAACUCUUCAGAAAUGCUCUGUUUGGAAACUUUUUUGGGGUUCUGGCUCUGUUCCAAUCUGGACGCCUUGCAAAGGAUGCGAAGGCGCUCCUCCGGUGCGUGCAGCUUCUUCAGGGUCUUUCCGAGCACCAUGUCCACCUGAAAGAUCUCCCGAGGAAGACGUUGGCUGACAUCGUCUCCGAGAUUCCAGAAACCGUGUUUGAAGAGGUCCUGUUCAACAUCUUGGAGGAAGAUCUGACUUCGGCCUUCAGCACUCCGGGGCAGCUGUACCUUUUGCUGGUGGGCAUCCAGAAAUUCCCCAGAGUCCUCCGGCCAGAAAAACUGAAGGUCCUCCUGGGCUCACCUGCUGUCGUUACAGCAAAAAUCAUUCCCAGGCUGGUGGAGGUUUUGAAAAUGGCUGCAAAGUCUGAGAAGAAGGACAGAGCCCUCCCGACCGUCGGGCUGGACUUGAUGAAGGUCGCCCUCAAGGAAGGGACCUUUGAGCUCUUCUGGAAUGAGGCUGUCGAAAAGGAGCUGAUGCAAGAUAAGAGCGGACCUUGCAGUUAUAUGUGCUUCCGGCUGCUGGGCACUGUCCUCCCGCUGCUGUCUCUCCGCCAGCUGAAAACGGUUCUCCGAGGAGAAGUUAUGCGUCAGUACGGAAUCCACAUCGUGUCAAACAAGCUGCCCGGUAGGUUUCAGUUUGCCCCCGAGAUGGAAGCCUACGUCGGCUCAUUCCUGGAGGGAUGCGGCGAUCCCCAGAAGCAGCUGGCGGUGGUUGCCGGCUUCUCCAGCCUCACCAACCGGGGCUGUCCGGUCGUGCCGACCUUCUGGAAGGCGUUGCGGCACUUGCUCCCCUCCGCGUUGCUGCAGUACAUCGACUGGCUGAAGAGCACGUUCCUCAGCCCGGAUCUGGACCGAUGCCUGGAUUUUGCCACCAAGCGGCAGCAAGAGAACGAGAAGAAGCACGACGAACUGGCCGGACACUGUAUAACGCGGCUGAGGAAAUGGAUUACUGCCCAUCUCGUUGGGAUCGUUGAGAAUCCACAAAUAACGAAGGAAGAGGAGUUCAUUACGGAUAUCAUCAGGUUUUGCUUCUUCCAUGCUUUCUUUGAGACCAAGAAACCGCUCCUGAAGAUCGCCGAGACGAGCUCCAGCCCAUCCGUGCCUCUGAGCGAGGCAUCCCGCGUGGCGGCUGCGGACUCGUUUUUCAGUCUGCUUCAGCACGUGAACGCGAUGCCCGCCCUGGGCGACUCGGAGCAAGCCGAAGAAAUGCGGAAGAAGCACCAACACGGACUGACUGCCUGUGGUGACUCCUGGAUCUACCUCGCUGUCCAGUAUGCCAAUGUUCUGCUCUCGCACCCAGAGCAUGUCAAGGCGGUGGCGCCGUUUAGCGAGGAAGAACAAUUUGCCUGGGACCGGAUGCUGCAGACGGUGGAAGCGCUGCGGCGGCGAGAGCAGAAGAGCCCGCACCUGAAGACCUCGGCCUUCCAGCAUUUGCUGCUCCUGGUCGGCAUUCACCUCUUCAAGUCACCUGCUGAGUGUGUGAACCUCCUCAACGACCUCCAGAAUUGCACCAAGAGGGCCUUCGGCGAGAAACCCAAGAAGAAGCCAACGGCCACAGCUGGCGGCGAGGAAGAGCCUGACUGGGUGGAGGUGAUCGUGGAAGUUCUCCUCUCUCUCCUGGCCCAGUCCAGCGGGCUGAUCCGACGGGUUUGCAGGAGCGUGUUCGGACUCGUUUCGCAGCACAUGACGAAGGGCGCCUUGCAGCUCAUCUUGGACGUCCUGGACCCACGUCAAGACCAGGAUGAGGAAGGUGCAGUUGUGGUGAUGGAAGAAACACAAAAGAAGCACAAACCUUUGCCGAGAGAAGUGAGCACAGACAAUGCCGGCGGCGAGAGCUCUUCUGGUGAAGACAGUUCUGACGAAAACGACAGCGAGAGCGAAACCCAGGAGACCGAGAGCGAAGCCGAGGAGGGCGAGGCGGACGAGCAUUUCCGUGCCAUGUUGAGGAACAUUUUGCAAGCUGGGAACGCACUGGAUGGAGACGACAGCGAUGAGGAUGCUGACGACGAGACCAUGAUGUCCCUCGACAAGAAUCUCUCGGCCCUUUUUGCUGAGCAGCAGAAACGCAUCCAGGCCAAGAAAGAUGAGAAGGAGAAGCUGCGGAAGGAGAAGAUCUUACGCCGCGAUUUCAAAAUAAAGGUGCUGGAUUUGGUGGAGGUGUUUCUGACCAAGCGGGCAGACAGUCCUCUUGUCUUCAGCGUGAUCGAUCCGCUGCUCACCGUGAUCGAGCAGAGCAUGAGCUCGGAGUCCAACAAGCAGGAGCAAGAUUACCUCCGGAAGACAGCGGCUAUCUUCACGAAUAAUUUAUGCCGGUCCAAGCAGUAUUGCAAAAAUGUGGCCCCCAUCCGGGAGGAACUGCACACCCAGCUGGAAGACCUGGUGAAGAGAGCUUGCAAGCAGAGCGAUUCCUCAGUGGCCUUGUACUGCUUCAGUGCGUCAUUGUACCUUGUCCGAGUGCUGAAGGGAAAUGCAGGAGCUGGUGACGCAGCUCCACACGAUGCUCAACCGAAAAAGAAGCUCAAGAGCAGCAGAGGAAAAGACGGGACUGCUGCCCAGCCCCCUGCCGUUGGCAGCCUGGACCUGGAGCGAGUGACCGCUGCAUACAGGGAGGCCUUGCACUUGUUUCUGACCAAGCGCAAGAGCCCCUUGACGGGAUCCAUGUUUCUCGACCUCUUUGAACGUCACCCGGUCAUUUGCAAGCAGCUCAUUGAUACGGUUCUAAAGUCCAUCACAGAAGGGGCACGACAACACCAGCAGACGCAGGCGUGUCUCCUGUUGCAAAAGGCUCUGCAGUCUCGGGAUUUCAUGCUCUUGUUGUCCGACAAGGAACGGGAGGAGCUGACUAGAGAGAGCAUCCAUCAGGUGGCUGAGACUUUAAAGGCUGUGGGCGAGUUCAAAGUCAAGGUGGACCAGGAGAAGGUGAUCAAAGGCCUGGAGUUGUUGAACUACCUGAUCAGAAUGGUAAUCAAACAGGAGCUCAGCGUGGAUCUGGCCCAGGUGCGUGGCGUGCUCCAGGGCUUGGGUCAGCACGAAACCUUUGGGAAGUCCAAGCGGCUGGACGAUCUGUACUGGCAUGUCAUGAAACUCCUGGGCUUCACGCGGCCUGUCAAGCAGAAGGCAGUGGCCCAGCCAAAGGACGAGGUGGUGGCUGAGCCCCUGAAGCGGAAGAAAAAGGGUUUCCUCCCAGCCACCAAGAAACGCAAGAACCGGAAGAAGCUUGUGCCCGGCCAGCACCAGGAAGCCAGCCCCGAGAGCGGCGGUCAAGGGGCCCCCGCAAGUGUGGCUGCAACUGCCCCGGCGGGGAAGAAGCACAAGAGGAAGAGGAAGAAGGAGGGCCAAGUGGGAGCACAAGGGAAGAGCCACGCUUCCAAGGAGGGACCGCCAGCCAAGAAGCCGACGUGGCCACCGGGACGUGCCGGAGCAGCCGAUGGGCAACAGGGCAAGAGGAAGCGGCAAAAGAAGGGGGGGAAAGCAAAGGCUCCGUCUGUGACAAGUGGAACCGACUGAGCGCUGGGCGUGCGGAUUUGCAUGUGGACAGAGACAGCGUUUUGCACCGAUCAGUUUUACUAAUUUAUCCAGAGCCGUUCUCCAUCUUUUGACUCAGCUCACAGAGUUGCAGGAAUACACCGCGACAGGCUGGACUCCUACCCCAGCUGCUUUUUUCCAGGAAAAGUGACUUUGGAGCUAGACGGAGUUGGCCUUUACUGGUUAACAGACUUGGGAGCUGGAUUGCAAGUUCCGGUUUUAUACUGAAGCAACUUAUUUUGUUUAAUGCUGAUCACCUAAUGCGUAAGCUGCUCCUGAAAACUUUUAUGAUUACCAGUAGCUUCGCAAAACAGCGGGGUUCAGGAUGCGCUCCCGUCAAUUAAAUAAUAUAAUGUUUUCAUGA